AUGGAAGGUAAGGAGGCAACAUGGAAACUCCACGAGGGGGAGAUCCAGAAACCAGUUCCUCCACCCCUCUCCAAGGGUCUGGGGGAGUGGGAGAAGGUGAAGGCAGAGGAGAGGGCAGUGGGGGUGGCGGUGUUAUCCGGUGUGAUCCACGUCUCAAAUAGCAAACACUGCAACUACAAUAACCACUACUACUACGACUCCAGCCCCAACACCUACAACAUCUGCAACAACAACUGCUACUACAACAACCACUACUACUACUACUCCAGCUCCUACAACUACAAUAGCUCCAACAACUACUGCUCUCCAACAAAAACAACUGCUACUACAACAAUCGCUACUACUACUACCCCUGCUCCAACAACAACAACACCUGCAACAACAACCCCUGCUGCUACAUCAAUCACUACUAGUACUACUCCAGCUCUCACAACUACAAUGGAUACAACAACAACUACUGCUGCUACUACAUCCACUACUACUACAACCAUAACAACUACAACAGCUGCAACAACAACUGCUACUACAACAACCACUACUACUACUACUCCAGCUCCUACAACUACAAUAGCUCCAACAACAACUACUGCUGCUACAACAACCACUACUAAUACUCCACCCCCAACAAGUACAACAGCUGCAACAACAGCCACUGCUACUACAACAAUCACUACUAGUACUACUCCAACUCUCACAACUACAAUGGCUCCAACAACAACUACUGCUACUACAAUAACCACUACUACUACUACUGCAGCCCCAACACCUACAACAGCUGCAACAACAACUGCUACUACAAGAGCCACUACUACUACUACCCCUGCUCCAAGAACUACAACACCUGCAACAACACCCCCUGCUGCUACAUCAAUCACUACUAGUACUACUCCAGCUCUCACAACUACAAUGGAUACAACAACAACUACUGCUUCUACUACAUCCACUACUACUACAACUGUAACAACUACAACAGCUGCAACAACCACUGCUACUACAACAACAACUACUACUACUACUCCAGCUCCAACAACUGCAAUAGCUUCAACAACUACUGCUACUACAACAACCACUGCUAAUACUCCUCUUCCAACAACUACAACAGCUGCAACAACAACCACUGCUACGACAACAACCAUUACUACUACUACUCCAGCUCCUACAACUACAAUGGCUCCAACAACUACUACUGCUGUUACUACAACCACUACUCCAACAACUACUGCUUCUACAACAACCACUAGUAGUACUACUGCAGUUCCAACAACUACAACAGCUGCAACAACAACAACUGCUACAACAACAACCACCACUACUACUACCCCAGCUCCAACAACUACAACAGCUGCAACAACAUCUACUGUUGCUUCUACAGCAACCACUACUACAACAAUUACUACUUCUACCACUGCUACUACAACAACCACAACUACAACAACUACUACUUCUACAACAGCAGCAACAACUGCUACUACAAUAACCACUACUGCUACUACUCCAGCUCCAACAACUACAAGGGCUACAACAAUGAUAACUACCACUAGUAGUACUACUCCAGCCCCUACAACUACAACCACUGCUGCUACCACUGCUACAACAACAAUCACUACUAUUCCUACUACCCCUGCUCCUGCAACAACAAUGGCUCCAACAACAACUGCUGCUUCUACAACGACCGCUACUACUACUACCCCAGCUCCUACAACUACAACAGCUGCAACAACAAGCACUGCUGCUACAGCAACCACUACUACUACUCUGGGCAAAACAACUAUAACAACUGCAACAACAUCCACUGCUACUACAACAACCACUUCUACUACAACUCCAGCUCCUACAACUACAACAGCUACAACAACAACAACUGCUUCUACAACAACUCCUACUGCUACAGCUCCUACAACUACAAUGGCUCAAACAACAACUACUGCUGCUACAACAACCAGUAUUACUACUAUAGCCCCAACAACUACAACAGCUGCAACAAAAACUGCUACUACAAUAACCACAACUACUACUACUUCAGCUCUUACAACUACAAAGGCUACAACAACAACUGCCUCUACGACAACCACUACUACUACUCUAGUCCCUACACUUACAACCACUCCUGCUACCACUGCUACAACAACAAUCACUACUACUACUCCAGCUCCUACAACUACCCCAGCUCCAACAAGUAUUGCUGUAACUACAACCACUUCUACUAUUCCAGCUGCAACAACUGUGACUUCAACAACCACUAUUACAACCCCAGCUCCAACAACUACAACAGCUGUAACAAUAACCACUGCUACUACAACAACCAACAACAACUAUUGCUGCUACAACAGCCACUACUACUACUACUCCAGCCCCUACAACUCCACCUGCUCCAACAACAACUACUGCUGCUACAACUACCACGGCUGCCACUAUUCCAAUUGCUGCAACAACAACUUCAAUGGCUGCAGCUACUACUACAGCCACAGCAACUACUGCUGCAAGUACAACCACUUCUACUACUUCAGUCCCUACUACUACAACAACUGCAACAACAACCACCUCUAG